UUCGCCGUCAUGUCUCAAGAACUGCGCCGAGUCAAAAGACUUGAGAAACUCAGAGCGCACCAUCAGAAGUGUGAAAAACGAAUGGAUGCAGCCCAAACCCUUCUUUUAAUGAAGGCUAACAUCGAACAUUCAACAGGGGAACAUAUUAAAGAGCUUUCCCCUGAUGAACCAAAAGACUGUUCCCCCUCAUCACCACAUCAAACACUGUUUUCUGCUGGCAACCACCUACCAUCACCGUCAUCUCCCACUGAAGAUGAGUCUGAAUUAUCCAGUCACAGUGGAUCAGAUGAAGAAUACCAUCCUCCAGCAGCAGCGUCAUCAUCGUCAUCUACUGAAGAUGAGCUACUAACAAACGAGUUAGCCAGCCAAAGAGUUCCAGAGAAACAUGAAUGUGAUUCAUCAUCCAAAGAAACUGAGAUCAUAGGAGCGAAGAGCAAUAAGGACUCCAAACAGUCAGGGGCCAGGAGCAAAAAGGGCACAGAGCAGUCACACCGGCUAGGUAAGAAAUUAAAAGAAAAGAUGCCAGAAAUUACAAUUAAAAUGAGCAACAACAAGGGUGGGGCUAGGGCCUGGGACAAAGCGCAUUAUUGUGUAUAUUGUAAAAAGGCAAAUCUAAAAAUAGCUAGACAUCUUGAAAGAAAACAUGGUGCUGAAAAAGAUGUUGCCCAUGCUUUUAGCUUUCCAUCCUGCUCUAAGGAAAGGAAAACACUUUUGGAAGCUCUUCGAAAUAAGGGAGAUUGGCAGCAUAAUCUUAGAGUGUUAGAAGAAGGAAGUGGGGAGAUAGUACCAUGGAGACGACCCACAAAGACAGUAGAUGUGAAGAACUACCUACCAUGUCAACACUGUUAUGCAAUGUUUGUUAGGACUGAACUCUGGAGACAUGAAAAGACUUGCAGAGAACGAAAAGAUCAAAGAGAUAAGCGUAAAAGAGUAAGAGUCCAAAAAUCCUCUUCCCAACUCAUUCCAAUUACAGAAUCAUCAGAGGGAGUGCAAAAGAUUAUUCAUUCUAUGCAGCAAGAUCAUGUGACUUCCCACAUUAGAGAUGAUAAGAUGAUUUGCACAUAUGGAGAUGCAUUAUUUGCCAAAAAGGGCCGUGAACAGUCUCAACACAGAUAUAUUGCACAAAAACUGAGGGAGCUAGGGCGGUUUGUGCUGGCGGCCAAGGAGAUUGACAAGAGCAUUAAAGGUCUUUGUAAUAUUUGUGAUCCUGCACAGUUUCACUUAGCAAUUAAAGCAGCCAGGAAAGUAUCAAACUAUAACCCAGAUAGCAGUGAAUAUGGAAAACCAUCUACAGCAGUUAAAAUUGGAUUUUCUCUUAAAGGUGCAACAGAGGCAUGGAUUGGCCGUUGUUUGAUAUGCUGUGAUACUUUAAAUGAGACCAAAGCAAAAAAAUUUAAGGAGCUGCUGGAUUCCUCCUGGUCUAACUAUGUGUCAGCCAAUGCUCACAGCACAAUAGAGCAACGGAAGUGGGGGAAAGAGGACAACAUACCUUUAACAGAAGAUGUAGAAACUUUGCAGAACUAUCUGAAGAAAAUGGAGGAUGAGGCAAAGGCAGAGUUAACAGUCCAUGUGACUACUACAGCAUACAAAAAGUUAAGUGAGAGCCUUCUCGCACAAAUAAUAGUGUUCAAUAAAAAGCGUGAAGGAGAAGCCUCACGCUUAACUCUGGAGACAUACAAAAGAGUAGACACUGGCCCUUUGAAUAAGGACAUAUAUGAAACUUUAUCACCAGUGGAACAACAGCUGAGCCACAGGCUGACUCGUUUAGUGACGCGCGGAAAGAGAGGAAGAAAAGUCCCCAUCCUACUUCUGGAGCGCACCAAAGCUUCUCUUGAUUUCCUGAUUGAAAAACGUGGACAAGCUGGUAUACUUGAGGAGAACCCAUAUGUGUUUGCACGGCCCGGUACAACAACCAAUAUUCGUGGAUGUGACUGUCUCAGGAAAUUUGCUGAGGAGAGUAAGGCCAAACAUCCAGAACUUCUGAGGUCAACAAAGUUAAGGAAGCAUGUUGCCACCUUAUGUCAACUUCUGGACCUUGACAAUCAGGAACUUGAACAAGUUGCUCGAUUUAUGGGACAUGAUAUCAGAGUCCAUUGUGACUAUUAUCGUCAGACAGAUAAAACGUUUCAGGUGGCAAAGAUUGGCAAACUCCUUUUUGCAAUGGAACACGGUGCAGAGUCACUGAAAGGGAAGAGUCUGAAAACACUGGACACUGUUAUCAGUGGUAGAGGACCUGUUUCCCGCACAACCAGGAGUCUGAGAGGGAACGAUGCAGACACACAUCUGGAAGUUCAUGAUGAUGAAGAACAGAUGUCCUUAUCUGUUCAGAGGCCAAGGAGAGGACCUGAUGGAGAUGAUGCUGAUGGGGAGGAGUUACACUCGCCUGCAGCCAGUUUGCCUCCAACUAGGAGACCUAAGGAUGAGGAUGAUGGGAGUGAUGAUUGCAGGGAUGAAGAGAUGACAUGGGAGCCUAUUAGAAGACCAGAUGAUAAGCAACAAGAGGAGAUUACAACCAAAAAAAGAUAUGAGAAAGAUGAAGACAAACAAGAGCCAGACACAACAGCAGCUAUAAAACAUGCUGACGAUAAUAAUGAUUAUGAUGGCGAUGAUGACGACGAUGACGAUGAUGAAAACAGAGACAAAAAGAAGCUGAGCAUGAACACCAAACGUGCCUUUAAGAGGCCAAAGAAGACUGCAGUUAAACGAAAACGAGACAGUGAUGAUUGUGAUGAGGAGGAUGGAGAGGACAGACACAGAACUGCCACCAAAUCCUCUGUGAAAAAUCAAAAGAAGACUGCAAGUCAAAGACCAUGCAGUGAUGAUGCUGUAGAUGUGCCGGUCAGUAAACCUGCUAAGAGACCUUGGACUGAAACUGAGAAAAAUGCAGUGAGACGACAGAUGGGCAAGUUCAUGGCACUGAGGAAGGUGCCGGGCAAAAAUGACUGCAGGAUGUGUAUUGAGAAAGAGUCUGCAAGUCUGGGUGCUCGAACAUGGAGGGAUGUGAAAUAUUUUGUAUACAAUGAAAUAAUUAAAAUCAAGAGAAAGUUUCAAAACAGGUAGUGAGCACAGGCUCUCUUCAGCUCCACUGACUCCAGUUUAGUUCAGUUCAUUUUCCAGUUCACUUUGUAUUGAAAAUACAUCGUCCCUCUCUCUGUAAUUGCUGCAGGGAAUCUCUUCAUUUUGGUCUUAAAUGUUCAUAUUAACCUGCUCUACAUGAGCCUGCUGUCUUUAUUUUGCCAUUUUGUUCAUAAAAAAAAUCCUAAUAUGGACCAUGGCUCCAAAAGUGACCUUUAACUGCUAGCCUCAAUGAGCUUUAUUUGGAGCUGAGUGCUGUGGUGAUGUCACGCUGCAUUACUCCUGUUCUUCAUACAGUAUUGUUUAGCCAGAAGAGCUGACUUUGUUAACUUACUAACCUUACUAACGUUUGGAAAACAGUGGAGGAAGGACAUUGGGAUGAGGGGCUGGAUUUCCAUGUUUGACGCUCUGUUCAUGAUUUUUUUCAUUCUUGAUUAAAGUUUUUGUUUAGUACGGAUUGAGUUGGAUGUUUGUUAACCUCUGUGGGACAGUUUUAGCCUUAAGUAUAUAGUGACACAGGAGGCCUCAGUCUGAGUCAAAUGGCCUGAACAAAUGUCAAAUCUAACAACUGCACCUAUACUUCAGUCCUGCUUUAUAUGAAAAACAACAGAAAAAACUCAAAUUCAGACUGUAAUUUUGCAGAUGAAAUUUAGUAUAGUAAUACAACUAAACUGUCAUUAAAGUAUCACA